GGCGAGUGGUGUGCCCCCUCCCCCAGCCAGGCCUGAAAGGAAUCUGAGUCAGUCUAGCUAUUAGUUUUCAGUUUCGUUUCUUCCCGUUCAGAGCUUGUAGUUUGCAAACAGAUAAGCUCUUAGCUGGUAGAUUUCCCAGACGGGAGGAACCGGUUAGAUAGAUUGCUGGAAGUUGGUGUUGCUAUUGAGUAGAGGCAAAGAAAUUCAUUCCAAAAGCGACCACCAUGCCUCAACCCACCCUUAAGCAGAUGAGGGAGAUUGGAGAGCAGUUUGUGCAGUUCCUAAAAGACUCUGGCAGGCAAGAAGUGAGCAAUAAAAAAACACUGAAGACUAUCUAUAAUCAAGAGUUCCGGUACAGAGAUAAUGCAAGAAGACCCAACUUCUCCUCUGUUAUCUAUGCACUAUGGAGCAGUGGCCGUGCUGAGUGCAGUAAGAACUUGGUGAAGUUUGGAAGGGUGAAGAAGAAAGUAAAGCUUGCUGAUCAGUACUGGAGACCAAGGAAUGGUGCUGGAGAUCAGCCUACCCAGAACCAAAACCCAGGUGCUGAUCCACCUCCCCGCAGAUCACGUGCUAAGGAAAGAGCUGAAUUUGUUUCCAAGAAGAACGGAAUGGACAUUGUUUCGACAUGUGACGUGGGGAAUGGUAAAAUCACUUUCCAUGUGUCUCCUAAUCAGAGAAAGACUAUCAUAAUUAAGGUAAACAAUACUGGAGCAAAUGAAGUGAUGCUGUGCAAGUACAGAAAACUACAUCAACAUCGUGAAUUAACCUUUGUUUCUGAAUCCCCACCUGUAAAACUACUGCCAGGACAAACAUAUGAGAUCAAGGUGCACUGUCUGACAAAGGACUAUGGAUACUUUCCUGUCACCAUGAUAUUCGAGUUUACCAGUGAGCAGACUGGAAACUUCAUCAUUGGACGUUUCGUGUCUGCUGUCGCUAACAGCAAAUUAGCAGAGCAGCUGGGUCCUUCAGCACCUUAUCAACCUUACCAGGCCAAACUGCAGAAGCCACAGAUUGUUACUAUAGAGGAUGGCAUCCCACCAAACAACAAUUUGGAGUCUGAGCUUGAGAAGAAAAUACUUCUGAAGCACUACAACUACCUGCCAGACCUGAAGGACCUCGUUAAUUUCCUCAAUGAAGGUCACACACUCAGUGAUGGCACCUGUGACAAGGUUGCCCAGCUCCAGAGUGACCUGAAAACUGACCUGCAGUUUGCCAACUAUUGUAAGAAGUUUGGUCUGCUCCUUCACCUGGAAGAGUUCCAGAUGGAGGUAGAUAUUCAUCGAUAUGAUAUGUCCAGUGUUUGCAUGGAGCCAGACAAGGUUAAUAAGAAGCUUCUUGUCCUGAAGGCACCUGGUGUGGCCGAGAACCGCCCAUCAGUACUGAAGGGUGAUAAUCUUUUAGUGACAUUGCCUGAACAGCGUGGAAAGAACCCAGUUGUCCAGUACAGAGGCUAUGUCCAUGCUGUGGAGUGGGAUAAAGUCAAGCUGGGCUUCUCUGAAAAACUGCUAUUUAAAUUUGUCAAAAACAUGAAGUUUGAUGUGAGCUUCACCUUCAAUCGUCUGCCAUUACGCGUCCAGCAUCGUGCUGUUGUUCUUGCCCAAGAGAGGCAAUUGCACAAUCUGCUGUUCCCUUCUUUCUCUCAUGGAAAAUCUCUGCUCACUGCAGGUCAACGCCUCAGACCAUAUGACCCCAGUUUGGAGAAAAAUGAAGAACAGAUGAAAGCUAUCCAUCAGGUGGUGACAGGCACCUCCAGACCAGCCCCGUAUCUUAUAUUUGGGCCACCAGGUACCGGCAAGACAGUCACCAUGGUGGAGGCCAUUAAGCAGGUACUGCACUGUGUUGAAGGUUCCCACGUGCUUGCCUGCGCCCCCUCCAACAGUGCCUCUGAUCUGCUCUGCCAACUCCUCAUGAAACAUGUGGAAAAGAGGAAUAUCUACAGGAUGAAUGCUAGCAGCAGGGAUUACUGCAUGAUCCCUGAGGAUAUCAAGGAUGUCUGUAACUGGGACAAAAAGCAGAAUUCCCCACUUUUUCCAAGCAAGGAGAAGCUGAAAAGCUACCGAGUGAUCAUCACAACCUUGGUGACAGCAGGAAGGUUGGUCUCAGCUGAUUUCCCUCCAGGACAUUUUACUCACGUAUUCAUUGAUGAAAGUGGCCAUGCUGUGGAAACAGAGAGCCUGGUCGCCAUUGCAGGCAUCCUAGCCAUGAUGGACCCAACAGCUAAUGCUAAAGGAGGUCUGCUGGUUUUGGCGGGGGAUCCCCAGCAACUGGGGCCAAUCCUGAGGUCUCCUUUGGCUAUUGAGCAUGGCUUGGGGCUUUCCCUGCUAGAGCGGCUGAUGCGGCAAAACUCACUAUACGGAAAAGAGGAUGGAACCUACAAUCCACUGUUUGUCACUAAGCUGCUGCGCAACUACAGGUCCCAUGCUGCCAUCCUUACGUUUCCCAAUGAAAAGUUCUAUGAUGGGGAGCUGCAGGAGCAUGCCGACCAUCUCAUCACCCAUUCCUACUGCACUUGGAAAGAGCUGGUCAAGCAGGGGUUUCCCAUCAUCUUUCACGGAGUCUCUGGAGAAGACCAGCGGGAAGAGAAUAGCCCUUCAUUUUUCAACACAGCCGAGGUUAAUGUGUUGACUAACUACCUCAAAAAACUGCUUCUGGAAGAGCAGGGCAAGAAAGGUCUGUCUCGAAUUUCUCCGAAAGAUAUUGGAGUUAUCUCUCCAUACAGGAAGCAGAAAAACAUGACAAAAUCUUGAAAAAUCAUCUACCAGUACCAUGAAGAAUUUUGCACCUCCUCGUGAAGCAUUUAUUGGCCCUGAUAAAUCAACAUGAACUAGCUGGUAGGGAGCUGUUGUGGUUCUCUCAGCCUCCCGGUUUAUUGGUGCAAUAGUCAUUUUAGCUUUAUUGCAUGCAUCACAAUCCAUUAACUGUCCACAAUCUUUUAAACGCAUGUUUUCACUGUGCAAAGGGGUUUUCUUUAUCGUGUCAAGGUUUGCAUGCCCCAGCCUUUGAUGCCAUUCAUGGACACGCAGCCCUGAUGUUCCUGUGCCUCAGCAUUUAACACAGCACACCCUGCUUGACUGCUCUUUAUUACAAACUGUGAAUCAUUCAGGCUUCCCUGCAUGCACACUUGAUCUCCCCUCAUUACAAAACAUUGGUCUUUGUGAAACAAAAUUGAAUAAUUACAACUCACCAGUUUUCUGACUGAUAAAAUAUUAUGAGCCAAUUCCGGAACAAACAAACAUUCUGACAUUAUUCCAAGUUUAUCAAAUCUCACCAGACCACGGGCUUCCACCCGUUUAUGUGAUCUAUCAGCAAGUUGCACAAAAUCCUGCACUUUUUCUGAAGUGUAAAACAAACUUCUGUCUUUAAUUAAUAUAUGGCAUGCCCCGCUGUCAAGCAGCCAGUCAAUAGGUCGUAAAUCUUGAGACUUCUGUUUACAAACAAAGUUCACACUGCCUUGCUUCAAGCCUCCGUCCCUGGAGUUGCGCUUGACUGGACAUUCCCGGUGUAGAUGCCGUCGAUCUCCGCAAAUAAAACAAGCCUUCAGCCUCUGCUGUUCCUGUUUGUUUUCCUGUCUGCUGCUGCUUUCUUCUUUCAGCUUGGCUUUUUGCUUUUCCUCAGCACUUUUCGCCUCUUUGCUUCUGACAGCUUCCAUCAGCUCGGCUCUCUGCGCCUCCUGCCUCCGCUGCCAUUCCUGGGACAAAUCCUGCAACGCGUCCCACAUCUGUUUUGCCGACGGCUCAUCUCUCACACACAUCAGUUGAGAAUCCGAUAGAGCCAAGAUUAUAAACGCCUGCGCCCUCUGGUCUCUGCGCUUCCAGGCCGCGGUCAAUACCGCUGGGGUUUUUUCAUCAAUAAUGUCCCAUAAAUCCUCUGUUAUCAGCAAAGCCCGCAUCCUCGGCUUCCAGCUGCCAUAAUUCUUUUCAUUAAGUCGUUCCAUCGGCAAGCCUCCCCCAGACAGGUUUACAGCCAUGUUGCUCACCUCCGUCUGGUUCAAUCAAUCAAGCUGCCCUCUGGAACUCCGUCUGCCGUUCAGACCAGCAACUUACUCCCGUGUAAUGCGCUGUGGAUCUGGGCCCAUAACCCCUGUUGAUGUGUUUGCGUUGUUGCGUGAAACAGCAUACAUUACGUUGGAGUUAAGUUGAGCAAGAAACUUCUUCAGAGCAUUAGAGCAUGUUAAGAGUCUUUUAUUAAGACAUUAUGGCUUAAGGCUUAAGAGUAAAUACAUGUAGAGUUUCUUCAGUCACCCCCCCCCCGGGGGUAAA